AAAAGGUCAUAGAUCCUAUAGCUAUUAAAUGCACUCCCCAACACAUUUAAGUUUCAUCUACAUGUUAUGUGAGGUGUAACAUUAAGCUCUUGUGCUCUACCUAGAUAGAGAGGGAGAUGGCUUCCAUAUUCAGUGCAGUGGGCCCUUUUCCCUCACACCUCCUUCCCUGUUGUAACAAAAUCUCUUCCAGCGUUUCGUCCCCCUGUAAUAUAAGUGGAAGGAGAGCAAGUGUUGGUGGGUUCAACUCUUGGGCGGGUAGCAGAUUUAAGGUGUCAAAAAGUGUUCAAAGGGAUAUAAGGUGUAUGUGUGCAUCCCAAACCAAGGCAAUGGAGAAGAUGGGUAUACAGAUCGAAAGGAAUCCUUCUCAGACUCGCCUUUCACAGCUCAAAGUGGCAUCGUGGCCCAAGUGGGGAUGCCCUCCGAGUAAGUUUCCAUGGACUUAUACAGCCAAGGAGGUGUGUUAUUUAUUGGAAGGAAGAGUGAAAGUGUAUCCAGAUGGCUACAAUGACUAUGUCGAGAUUGGACCUGGAGAUUUGGUUGUUUUCCCCAAAGGCAUGAAGUGUACGUGGGAUGUUUCUGAAGCCGUUGAUAAGCAUUACACAUUUGAUUGAGCUCGCUCCAACUCCAAACUUGCCUAUUUAAUCUUUAUUGCUAUAUGAGCCACUGCAUUAUUACUUGCACUUUAUUUCAUGCAUCUCUAUGUUAUGGCCGCAUUCAAUAAGCAAGGUUUUAGCAAGGGUAUUUACGCUGUAACUGAGUAACUAUGUUUUGUGUGAAUUUGGGUAGUAACCCUUAUAAAUUGUGAGCUCGUCUUGUAAUUGUGUACAUCUAUAAUUCUAUAGAAUGAAAGUUUAAAUGCAAAA